UUAAGAAGCAAUUUACUUUCAACAUGUACCUACAUAAUAACUAAUCUAUGAUUGUUGUAAAUUGUAUUGUAAGUUUGAAAUUAUAUGCUUCAUAUUCCACUUGUAAAUCAAUUUAAUACGGUUUUAAAACGCUAUUCUGUAUUCAUAAUGGCAUCGGCUUCAAAGAAACGCAAAACUUCCAUUCCUAUGGCAUUAGGUAAAAGCAAUGAAAGUACAAGCACCAUUGAAGAGUUUCUGAAAAAACUACAAAAAAAGCGCGAAGAAACGGCUGAGUCUAUUUUGAACUUUGAUUUCAACAAAAAACGCAUUCGAAUAAUAUCUCAAGAACAAAUUAUACCUGACGAUUGCGAUGGUGUUGUAUACUGGAUGUCUAGAGACAGCCGUGUUCAGGAUAAUUGGGCUUUCCUUUUUGCACAAAAACUGGCCUUGAAAAACGAAGUACCGCUUCAUGUAUGUUUUUGUUUAAUUUCGAAGUAUCUGGAUGCGUCCUUGCGACAAUUUCAUUUCCUUGUAAAAGGACUAGAAAAAGUAGCUGCAGAGUGUAAGAAACUAAACAUACAAUUCCAUUUAUUAGAAGGUAGUGGUGCGGAAGUGUUACCUCAAUGGGUAGUAGAUCAUAAUAUUGGUGCGGUUGUGUGUGAUUUCAAUCCACUUAGGGUCCCUAUGGGCUGGUUGGAUGGAGUAAAGGGAAAACUUAGGAAAGAUGUGCCUUUAAUUCAGGUAGACACUCACAAUGUAGUUCCAUGUUGGGUGGCAUCAGACAAACAGGAGUAUUCUGCAAGGACAAUCAGGAAUAAAAUUAAUUCAAAACUUGAUGAGUUUCUCACAGAAUUCCCCCCAGUUAUAAAACAUCCAUAUUCCAGCAAAUUUGAAGCAGAGCCCAUUGACUGGCAUGAAGCCAUUGAGACGAGAGAAGCAGAUAAAUCAGUUGGUCCUGUUGAUUGGGCUAAGCCUGGUUAUGAUGAAGCUGUGAAAAUGAUGAAAAGUUUUCUUGACAAGAGAUUAAACAUAUAUGCCAGUAAAAGGAAUGACCCAACUCAGGAUGCCCUGAGCAAUCUCUCACCUUGGUUCCACUUUGGUCAAAUAUCAGUACAAAGGGUAGCCCUAUGUGUACAAGAAUACAAAUCGAAAUUUACUGAAAGUGUGAAUGCAUUUCUAGAAGAAGCUAUAGUAAGGCGAGAACUAGCUGACAACUUUUGUUUCUAUUGUGAACAUUACGACAGUGUAAAGGGUGCUAGUGCGUGGGCCCAAAAAACUUUGGAUGAUCACAGAAAAGACAAGAGAACUCACAUUUAUACUCUAGAAAAACUUUCUAAAGGUGAAACUCAUGAUGACUUGUGGAAUUCGGCUCAGCUACAACUUGUUAAAGAGGGCAAAAUGCAUGGCUUUUUAAGAAUGUAUUGGUGUAAGAAAAUAUUGGAAUGGACUCCUACUCCGGAGGAUGCUCUUAAAUAUGGAAUAUAUUUGAACGACCACUAUAGUAUCGAUGGGAGAGAUCCAAGUGGAUUUGUAGGCUGCAUGUGGUCGAUAUGCGGCAUCCACGACCAAGGCUGGGCAGAGCGCGCCGUCUUCGGUAAAAUUAGAUACAUGAAUUACGACGGGUGUAAGCGUAAGUUCGACAUCAAAGCCUUCAUUGCCAGGUACGGAGGGAAGGUACACAAAUAUGUACCUAAAAAGUAGAGUAUUUGGACAACUUUUUAUUUAAACGCUUUUUUAUCUGUACAGUACAAAUUUUUGAAUCUACUACAAUAUAUUCAAUUAAUGUGAUUUUUAUCUUAAAAGUUGCUCAGAAUUGAGCAAUGCUAUAUUAAGUAAUUUUAAUAAUUUUACUCAAACAACAAUUUAAAAAAUUCGAAAAAAUAAAAAAAUACAAUUUUGUUUGUUUGUAAGAGCGCGCGUUACUCAUUAUUUAAUUGAUACAUAAAUUCCAUUAAAUAGAUAGUUUCAUGUAAUCAUAGCCACGAAAAUAGUUGUAAAAAAGAACAAAUAAUAUUUUAAAGAUGGCUUAAGAAGAGUUGCGUUCGUCUCGAAUGACUGACCGUGUCUUUCGUUGUCUUAAAUGGUUCCUAAUUCUGCAAAUAAUUUAGGAAAAAAAGUAACAACAAAUAGAAACAAAUCUUAUGUUAAAAAAUAUUUGCUCUAUUGUCAUUAAAUGGAGGUCAAUAGCCAAUUGACAGUAUAUAUAAUAAGUAUGUACAUGGAUGGAAAAGGUUUAUCCCGCGUCUCUGUGUAUAAUGAAACAUUAGAUUUUGUAUAAUUUUAUUUUUUAUUUUUCGCUAACAUGUUCCUCAAACAUCUCUUAGCUUUUUGUCGCAAAUCUGAUUUUCCCAAGGAACUUUAUUUUAGAGAAAUUUAACUUUUAGUUAUUUUCACGCUCUAAACUAAUAAUUUUUUUAUUUAAAAUGUUUGUUACAAAUAAUUAAUUUUGUAUAUUUAUUGCAUAAGUUUUAAGCUUAAUCUAAAAAUAUUAUUAUGUUUAAACUUCGUACUUUGAUCCGGAAACAACAUAAUCCUUUGAUUGCCACGUGACGCAAACCUCUCGUUAAUGCGUUCAUACUCGCUGGCGUCCAUCUGGCCUUAAUGAGAUUCUUCACCUGAGAGCAGAGCAUUAUUCAAUUCCUUGUUCAUGUGCUAAUUGAAGUUUUGCUUUUAUAUAAUAUGGCGGCAGUUUGGAAACGAUCUGGGAACUGGUCCGAAGACGUAUAGAUUACUUUGUUAUCAUUAUUUCACGGUAGGCCGCGGCUUGGCAUUACUAAAAUCCAUGGGCGACGGUAACCACUCACCAUCAGAUGGAACGUAUGCUCGUCUGCUUACAAGGGCAAUAAAAAAAAACUUCCCAUUCUUACUUCAUAAGGCUGGUUACGAUUGUCGGCAAGGAGUAAUAAAGCUAUUUCUUAUAACGGCAAUGAUAAAUCGGUUAUGCCCAACUAAAGUCCACCCAAGUUGGCCUUGACCACUCCCUCGUGUGUAGGAAUCGGUUUCUCUGAAGUCAUGGUGGCUCCAAAGAGUUCGAGCGACCCCAUCUAUGGCCCCACUCUGACUAUCGGCAUUAAUAUAUAACGCUAAUUUUAAAACCCAAAAAUUAAAAGAGUAUGCAUUAAAUUAAUAAAAAAAAUACCUACUAUACAAUACACAAUUUACAAAGAUAUAAUAUAUGUAAUAGUAAAAAAAUAGGAGCACCUGUGAUGCGUGGUUAAUGUUGCCGCUAACUGUAUUUGUAUUUAUGAGUCUCAUACAGAAUGUACCUGUUACAAAAUUUGUCUACCUCAUUUUCUUAAAUAAACUUUCUUACACA